AAAUUUAUAGGGAGGACAAAUAUUCCAGCCGUUUCUGAUCUUUACGAUCUCUUCCGGAGACCAUCUCCAAGGAAUUCGUCCCUCUCCGAACGGGAUAUUCUUCGUUCGGGCGGGAAUCCUUCCGAGGUGAUGGUCUCGAUCGGUUGAAAGAUCUCGCCUUUGCGUUCGUCCGGAAAACGAAACGGAAAAGGAGGUUACGAGAGUUUCUGCGCUAGCGCUCUUCUUCCUUUUUUUUUUUUUUUUUUGACCGUUGCCUGGAGUGAAUCGUUAUUUUGGUGAGAUCGCCGAAGAUCUGCGCUUGUUCAGCGCGAAGUGAAACGGCACACUGGUUUAUUUUGGAGAUUAGCUGGGAUUGUGUGGUUUUGUGCCGUUGCUUUGUUUCUUUGGAUGCUUUCUGCUUGGAUCGGAGUUCUGAGGAGGCGAUCGUCGCGAUCGGUGCAGGUUUUGGCGGCUGAAAAUCUGAAGUGAAGUGGAAGGAGGGAGUCAUUUUGAACGGUACAGUAAUAUCGAGUUUCUAAGUCCACGAUUGAGCUUCUUUUGGGCCACGUUACGAGAAUUAGGUCGCUGAGAGGUUUCUAGGCAGGGCCUUGACGUUGCAUGGGCGAUCGCCGCUCUAUCGCUUGAGAUACAUACUUUUUCAUUUUGGAGUUGAGAUUUAAAUGCAGUCGGGGAAGAUGAUUCAUUCAAGCCCUCGGAAGAGUGAAACGGCGUUGAGUCCGAAGAAGCGGAAUUUGAAAGCCAGGGCACCUAAUUCCUUGCAGAGCGUAAAAUCACUGCCAGUUGAUUUAAAGAUCCCCGGCUUACACGAACAUCCAAAGACCGGAGGCUCUGAGAAGGCUAGAGGACCCGGAAGAGGUCGGCGUGGAGCAGUGGGCGGCGGCGAGGCCCCCCCUGAGACUAAGGUCGUCAACCGGAAUAAUGAUGAAUCACCUUACAGUAAUAAGUUUGCUGUUAUUGAACGCGACAAUGACGGUGAAGACUCGGGGAAGCCAUUAUACUUACCGCUGAACAAUGAACUGAGUUGGAGUGAUCACAGCGUGUACGGUGCAAAGAAGAAACUCCGUUUUUGGGUCCAACUUCCUAAUGGCCAAUGGGAACUAGGAAAGAUACAGUCCACUUCUGAUGAAGAAUCGUAUCUCAUUUUGCCCGAAGGAAAAGUCUUGAAGGUACCAUCUGAAAGCCUCUUGCCUGCAAAUCCAGAGAUCCUUGAUGGUGUGGAUGACCUCAUGCAGCUCAGUUAUCUGAAUGAGCCAUCAGUACUUUACAAUCUUCAGUGUAGAUAUUCCAAGGAUCUGAUCUAUACUAAAGCAGGUCCAGUGCUGGUUGCAGUUAAUCCGUUUAAAGCAGUGCCAUUUUAUGGGAAUGAUCACAUUGAAGCUUAUAGGAAGAAAAAACUUGAUAGGCCUCAUGUAUAUGCUAUAGCAGAUACAGCCAUACGUGAAAUGAUACGAGAUGAAGUUAAUCAGUCUAUCAUCAUAAGUGGCGAAAGUGGAGCUGGAAAAACUGAAACUGCAAAAAUAGCAAUGCAAUAUUUGGCUGCACUUGGAGGUGGCAGUGGAAUAGAAUAUGAGAUUCUGCAGACAAAUCCAGUACUUGAAGCAUUUGGCAAUGCAAAAACUUUGAGAAAUGACAACUCUAGCCGUUUUGGCAAGCUAAUUGAAAUUCAUUUUAGUACCACUGGAAAAAUUUCGGGUGCUAAGAUUCAAACUUUUCUUCUGGAAAAGUCAAGAGUAGUCCAAUGUGCAGAAGGGGAACGAUCAUAUCAUAUUUUUUAUCAGCUUUGUGCUGGAGCAUCUCCUGAACUUAGAGAAAAAUUGAACUUGAAAAGUGCAAGUGAAUAUAAUUACUUGAAGCAGAGCAAAUGCUUCAAAAUCGAUGGGGUUGAUGAUUCUGAUAUGUUUCAUAAAGUGAAGGAAGCUCUGGGUGUUGUCCACAUAAGUAAAGAGGACCAAUAUAAUGCAUUUGCCAUGGUUGCUGCAGUUCUAUGGCUUGGUAACAUUUCUUUUAGAGUGAUUGACAAUGAAAAUCAUGUUCAAGUUGUUGAAGAUGAAGUUGCACAUAAUGUUGCUAAGCUGAUAGGGUGUAAUAUUUUGGAUCUUAUGACGGCCUUAUCCACACGGAAAAUGCGUGUUGGAAAUGACAACAUUAUUCAGAAGUUAACAUUGCCACAGGCAACUGAUACAAGAGAUGCAUUAGCAAAAUCUAUCUAUGCCGGCUUGUUUGACUGGUUAGUAGAACAGAUCAAUCUCUCACUUGAAGUGGGUAAGCGGAGGACAGGCAGAUCUAUCAAUAUCCUUGAUAUUUAUGGAUUUGAAUCUUUUCAGAAAAAUAGUUUUGAACAGUUCUGCAUAAAUUAUGCAAAUGAGAGGCUGCAGCAGCAUUUCAACCGACAUUUAUUUAAAUUGGAGCAGGAGGAGUAUAUUCAAGAUGGCAUUGACUGGACAAAGGUUGAUUUUGAAGAUAAUCAAGAUUGCCUGAAUCUGUUUGAGAAGAGGCCUUUGGGAUUGUUAUCUCUGUUGGAUGAGGAGUCCACCUUUCCAAAUGGAACAGAUUUAACAUUUGCCAACAAGCUCAAACAACAUUUAAAUUCUAAUCGUUGUUUCAUAGGGGAAAGAGGAGAGGCUUUCAGAGUCUGCCACUAUGCAGGGGAGGUUUUAUACGGCACAUGUGGGUUCCUGGAGAAGAACAGGGACUUAGUUCAUCUUGAUUUAAUUCAACUCCUUUCAUCAUGUGUAUGCAAGCUUCCUCAAAAGUUUGCCUCGAAAAUGCUUUGGCAAUCUGAAAAUGCAUCGGGUUCUCAACAUAGGUCUGCUGCAGCAGAUUCCCAAAAGCAAAGUGUUGCAACAAAGUUUAAGGGUCAGCUCUUUAAAUUGAUGCAGACACUGGAAAGUACCACUCCCCAUUUCAUUAGAUGCAUAAAACCAAACAAUAUGCAGCUUCCUGGAAUAUAUGAGCAGGAUCUCAUCCUCCAGCAACUGAGAUGCUGUGGAGUUCUAGAGGUGGUUCGUAUAUCUAGGUCUGGAUAUCCUACUAGAGUGUCACACCAGAAAUUUGCCAGGAGAUAUGGUUUUCUUCUUUUGGAGCAUAUUGCAUCUCAAGAUCCUCUCAGUGUAUCUGUUGCCAUCCUUCAGCAGUUCAAUAUUCUUCCUGAUAUGUACCAAGUUGGUUACAGUAAAUUGUUUUUUCGAACUGGGCAGAUUGGUGCUCUUGAAGAUACAAGAAACCGUACACUUCAUGGUAUACUUGGAGUGCAGAAGUAUUUUAGAGGCCACCAAGCUCGUCGCUAUGUCAAAGAGCUGAAGAGAGCAAUAGUAACACUUCAAUCAUAUGUAAGAGGGGAGAGAGCACGGAAGGAAUAUGCAAUAUUAGCUCGUAGGCAUAGAGCUGCUUGUAUCAUACAGCAUCAGAUAAAGUGCAACAUCGCUAAAAAAGAAUAUUUGGCUGUCCGUGAUGCUUCAAUAGUGAUUCAAUCUGCUAUUCGUGGCUCCUUGGUAAGGAAAUGUUCAAAUGGUGCUGUUUUGGUUAAACCAUCAGUGAAGCUUGAAGGUUCCAAGGAAUCCGAGACCCAUGUCCUAGUGGACCAAUCUGUUCUAGCAGAGCUCCAGAGAAGGGUUCUUAAAGCAGAAGCAGCCCUAAGAGAGAAAGAAGAGGAGAAUGAUAUCCUCCGGCAGAAGGUCCAGCAAUAUGAGACAAGAUGGUCUGGAUACGAAGUGAAGAUGAAGUCAAUGGAGGAGACAUGGCAGAAACAAAUGACAUCAUUGAAGGUGAGCCUUGCAAGUGCAAAGAAGUCCCUGGCCAUUGAUGACAUUGACAGGCAGUCUGAUGCAUCAAUUCAUGGUAGAGAAGAUGAAGAAUAUAACAGCUGGAACAAUUCUAGCUUCUCUCAAAAGAGAGGCCAGGGAAACAACCACUUGGAAAGGGAAAUGAGCACCGGUCUAAGUGUGAUCAGUCGCCUCGCAAAAGAAUUCGAGCAGAGAACACAGACUUUUGAUGAUGAUGUAAGGUUCUUGGAAGAAGUGAAAUCUGGUAAAGCUGAAGCAGAUUUAAAUGUCGAUGAUGAGCUAAAGAAACUAAGGAAUGAUUUCAAGGCUUGGAAGAGGCAAUUCGGCAUAAGUUUGAAGAAAACCAAGGCCAUUUUGCACAAGUUAGAGAGCGAAGAAGCCAAUGUAGAGAGGGCCAAGAAAAAGUGGUGGGGAAGAAGAACCACUAGCUCAAGGUUUAUCUAAUUCGGUGUAAUGUCCGAAAUUUUAUUGCUUGUAUCUAUAUGCUUGUUGGUAGUAUUGAUUGCCCAAGAAAUGUUGGUCGGUGUGUAUUUUUGCGCAUGCGGGCACAUGCUUCUUUAGUUCCACAUUUGUUCAUGCAGCUCAGUUCCAAGAGGGCUUCAUUGUUUAGUUUCAUUACGUGAAUAUGCACAGUUAGGACAAAGAGCAUUUGUAUCAGAUUUUCGGGCCUAGAAGGUCUGGUUUAAGUAAUAUGAUCUACAGCUUUUGUUCA